AUGGAGCACUCCAGCAUCAACAAUAUUGACAUAAAGAACAAGACUGCUGUAUUGGAAUUUAUCCUUGUUGGGCUAUUUACAACAACUGAAAUGCAGAUCCUUCUCUUUUGGGUAUUCAUUUUCAUCUAUGCUAUGGCCCUAAUUGCCAACUUCAUCCUCAUUCUUACUAUAUACUCUUAUAGUAAACUCCACACCCCCAUGUAUUUCCUCAUUGUAAAUUUGUCCUUAGUGAAUGUUUUCUCCAUUUCAGUUACAAUACCUAAAUUGCUACACAAUCUUUUGACUGGAAGAAAGACCAUCUCAUUUUAUGGAUGCAUUGCACAGGUCUAUCUGUUUAUCUGGGCUUUGGGAACAGAACUCCUCCUCCUGUCAUUCAUGGCUUUUGAUCGCUAUGCUGCUAUCUGUCAUCCUUUGCAGUACUCUGUUAUUAUGAAGAAGGAAGUGUGCUUGGGCAUAGCAAGUAUUGUAUGGAUUUUUGGAAUGAUCAAUUCUGGAAUCCAUGCUGGACUUAUGUUAAAACUCUCUUUUUGUAACUCCAAUAUUAUCAAUCACUUCUUCUGUGAUAUACCCCCUCUAUUGCAACUCUCAUGUUCAGAUACACAUCCAAAUGAAACUAUGGCAUUUAUUUCGGAUGUGAUAUUUGGGAUUUGCAGCUGUGGACUAACUUUCACAUCCUAUUUUUUUAUAUUAAAAACAAUUAGUUCAUUGCGUUCCACUGAAGGAAAGAAGAAAGCCUUUUCCACAUGUUCUUCACACUUCAUUAUAGUCAGUAUUUUCUUUUCUUCAGUGAUCUACACAUAUAUCAGGCCCUCCUCAGUCUACGCUCUUGAUCAGGACAAGCUAAUUUCCCUUCUUUAUUCAGUGGUAACUCCAAUUGUUAAUCCAGUCAUAUAUUCAUUGAGAAACAAAGAUUUUAUAGAAGGAUUCAAAGCACUUAUAAGGCGAAUUAGAUUGCUAAAUUGA